AUGAGACCUUUUACCGCACCACGUACGCUAUUAAACAUCUUUAAAACAACAUCCUCCAGGGGUAUUAGCACUACUUUUAGACCAACAAGUACAAGGGCUACACUUUCUGCAUUCCAAUUGAGGCCAACAAAAGUUGCGACCGGAUUAACAUUGGCAGCAUCAAUUGGCAUUGGUACACCAUGGGUCUGUAAAACAAUUUAUAACGAUGCUAUUGUGGAGGUUAAUUCACCAGCAUCACUACAUAAGGGCCAAGAACUUGGAUUACCAUCAAGAGAACCUGAGACAACCAGAGCUAGAAGUCGUUUCAAUGGUAAAUUGGAUUACAGACAACUAUGCUACGGAUCAAUCCUAGGUGUGUUUUUAGGGGUCGUAGUUGGUAAAAUUUCAUCAUUACUGGUCUUCCUAGGUGCUUCAGCCUAUUUGGGAUUACAGUUUUUACAAAAUAGAGGUGUUAUUGAUAAGGGUUCUACUCAACGUUUAUUACAAGGUUUCACUGUAAAGACAAGUAGAGAAUCUAUUGAUCUUAACACUUUAGUGUGGGAAAGACCAAGUUUUAAAGUUUCAUUCCUCUUGACCUUUAUAUUAGCAGCUGUCAAUAUAUAA